UCCACGUCGGCGGCGCAGGCGCCCUGGGCGCGCUCACCUGCUGCCGUUGUCGCCGCCGCCGCUGCCGGGGCUGGAUGGGGGCCGAGGCCGGCCGGGGGCACCCAGAAAGGAGCGACGCGGCGGCGGCGACGCCGAUCCCCGCAGGACGAGCGCCCCGCGGUGCCCGCCAGCUGCACAGGAAGGCGGCGAGGCCCGGGCCCGGCCGCCCCGCGGGCAGAGACGCCGCCGGGCCCUCGCCGCGCCAUGUUCAAGAAGCUGAAGCAGAAGAUCAGCGAGGAGCAGCAGCAGCAGCUGCAGCCGGCGCCGGCUCCUGCCCAGGCUUCCUCCAACUCUGCAACACCAACAAGGAUUAGAAGCAGGACAUCGUCAUUUACAGACCAGCUUGAUGACGUGACACCCAACAGAGAGGUACUAGCCGGGAUGGUAGCAGAACCUGCCUUUCUCUCUGAGUAUACUAUCUUUGCUUUGGAUUCCUCCAAACAGCCUAAAACACAGAUUGGCAGUGUGAAUGCAUCAGCACAAGCAACAAAAUCUCCAGAUGGUGUUAAUAGAAGCGAAGCAUCCCCUCCUCAGACAGGCGACACACAGACCUUUGCGCAGAAGCUCCAGCUCCGAGUGCCUUCGGUGGAGUCUCUGUUUCGCAGUCCCAUAAAGGAGUCUCUGUUCUGGUCUUCUAAAGAGUCUUUGGUGCGAACAUCUUCCAGAGAGUCCCUGAGCCAGCUCGACCUGGACUGUCCCACUGCCACCUUUGACCCACCUUCCGACAUGGAGAGCGAGGCUGAAGAGGCACCAGGGAGCUCAGAUGGCCUCAGCAGGGACCAGCUGCUUCAGCGGUUGCGAAGAAUGGAACGAAGCUUAAGUAGUUACCGAGGGAAAUACUCAGAGCUUGUCACAGCAUAUCAGACUCUUCAGAGGGAGAAGAAAAAGUUACAAGGUAUAUUGAGUCAGAGUCAAGACAAGUCACUUCGGAGGAUCUCGGAAUUGAGGGAGGAGCUGCAGAUGGACCAGCAAGCAAAGAGACAUCUCCAGGAAGAGUUUGAUGCUUGUCUGGAGGAGAAAGAUCAGUACAUCAGCGUCCUCCAGACGCAGGUCUCUCUCCUAAAGCAGCGGUUACAGAAUGGCCCAUUGAGUGUUGACUUAGCACAGCUGCCCCCUCCAGCUGAGCUCCAGGCAGAAGUGGACCCUGACAAAGAGAAGAUAGAGGAUGUCGGGGAGCCAGUGGGAGGUGAAGCGUCCGCUAAAACCCUGGAAAUGCUUCAGCGAAGAGUGAAACGCCAGGAAAGCCUCCUUCAGCGCUGCAAGGAGACGAUUCGGUCCCAGAAGGAGCAGUGCACACUACUAAGCAGCGAGAAGGAAGCCUUGCAGGAGCAACUGGAUGAAAGGUUGCAGGAGCUGGAAAAGAUGAAGGAGCUUCAUAUGGCUGAGAAGACUAAACUUAUCACUCAGUUGCGUGAUGCAAAGAACUUAAUUGAACAGCUUGAACAAGAUAAGGGAAUGGUAAUAACAGAGACGAAGCGGCACAUGCAGGAAACCCUGGAACAGAAAGAGGAAGAAAUUGCUCAGCUUCGCAGUCGCAUCAAACAAAUGGCGACCCAAGGAGAGCAACUGCGGGAACAGAAAGAAAAGUCUGAGAGAGCUGCUUUUGAGGAACUUGAAAAAGCCUUGAGCGCAGCCCAAAAGACCGAAGAAGCACAGAGAAGGAUGAAGGCAGAGAUGGACGAACGGAUGAAGGCAGUUGAGAGAGCCGGCGAGGAGGAGCGCUGCCGUCUUCAGCGGGAACUGAGUCAAGUGGCGAAAAAAACCGCAGAGGAACAGCUUGCUGACCUUCAGAGGCUGCAUGCAGAGGAGCUGGCCAGCAAAGAGCAGGAGCUGGCCAGGAGGCUUGAGAGCCGAGAAAGGGAGCUGCAAGAGCAGAUGAAGAUAGCUCUGGAGAAGAAUCAGUCAGAAUAUUUGAAGCUCACCCAAGAAAAAGAGCAGCAAGGAUCAUUGGCUCUAGAAGAGUUGGAGCUGCAGAAAAAAGCAAUCCUUUCAGAGAGUGAAAAUAAACUCCAGGAACUUGGGCGAGAAGCAGAGGCUUACCGAACUAGAAUACUUGAAUUGGAAACCUCUCUGGAAAAAAGCUUAGAAGAAAGCAAAACUCAGUCAGAGCAUUUAGCUGUUCAUUUGGAAGCUGAGAAGAAUAAGCACAAGAAAGAGCUCACAGCCGUGACUGAGGCGCACCGGGCAGAACUGGGGCGCCUCCAGCAGCAGCAGGACGGCCUGUGGGCCGAGAGGCUCCAGGGCCUGGCUCAGCAGCACCAGGCUGCCGUGGAGGAGCUCAGAGAGAAGUACGAACAGGAAAAAGGCGCCCUACUAAAGGAGAAGGAGGGUCAUCUCCAGGCCAUGAAUGAAAAGACCUUGCAGAAGCUGGAUGUGAAGCAGGCAGAGCUGGAGUCCCUGUCCUCUGAGCUGGCGGAAGCGCUGAAAGCCCGUGAGCAGCUGGCCCAGGAGCUUUCUGUCCUGAGGGGUGAUGCGGACAGAAUGAAGCAGGCCCUCGAGGCCGAGCUGGAGGAGCAGAGGCGUCACCACCAGCGUGAGGUGGACAGCAUCAGUAAGGAACAAGAAAUAACUGUUCAGAGAACUGAGAAGGCCUUGAAAGAUGAACUGAAUCGGCUGGAGCUUCUCCUGAAGGAGAGAGACGAUCACCUGAAAGAGCAGCAGGCUCGCAUAGACGAUCUUGAAGCUUAUCUUCAAAAGUCUGCCGGGGAGCUGCAGCAGGCCUUGGCUAAGCUGGACCUCCUCCACAAACAGCAGAGCAGCACACAGGAGCAGACGGGCAUGUAUGAGGAGCAGCUGGCCCAAAUGCGGCAGAAGGUGCUGGAUCUGGAAUCAGAGAAGAACCUUCUUGCCAAGCAGGUAGCUGACAUGGAGACACAAAGAAAGCACACGUGUGUGGAAUUAGACGCUCUGAGCGCACAGGUGCGGCAGCUUGAGGAACAGAAGCGUGAGCUGGAGGAGAAAGGGAGGUCCUUAGCCCAGCUGCACGAGUCACAGCUCAAGGACAGCCACGUGGAGAAGGAGCAAACAAAGCAAAUUCUGAUGGAAAAGGAAAAUGUCAUUUUACAGAUGCGAGAAGAACAGGCCAAAGAGAUCGAGGCCCUCAAACAGAAAUUGUCUUCUAAAGAAGAAAGUAUGAGCAUUUUGCAUGAGGAAUAUGAAACCAAAUUUAAAAAUCAGGAAAAAAGGAUGGAAAAAAUUAAGCAGAAAGCAAAAGAAAUGCAAGAAACGAAGAAAAAGUUGUUGGAUCAGGAAGCCAAACUUAAGAAAGAGCUUGAAAAUACCGUCCUGGAGCUCAGUCAGAAAGAGAGACAGUUCAAUGCCCAAAUCCUGGAAAUGGCACAGGCCAGCUCCGCUGGGAUCAGUGACACAGUGUCAAGACUGGAGGCCAACCAAACGCAGCAGAUAGAAAGCCUGACCAAAGCUCACCAGCGGGAGCUUGAUGACGUCACAGAGUGCUGGGAAAAGAGGCUGAGCCAGCAAGCCGAAGAGCUUCGGGACAAGCACGAGAGGCGGAUGGAGGAGAAGCAGCAGGAGCUGGCAGAGCUGAGGCAGAGGGUCCUCACACUGCAGUCUGACAAAGAGGAGGUGAACAAGGAAGCCAUGCGGCUGAAGGAGGCAGUGGCUGAGCAGGGCACCGCGCUAGCCCGUCUGCAGGAGCAGUUAGAGCAGAAGUCCGCUCACAUCAGCUCACUCUCUCAGAAGGAGACUCAGUUGAAAUCCCAAGUUGAAACGCUGGAAGUCGAUUUGGGUCGUUCUCUGAAUGAGAAGGCUUCCCUUGAGGAGGAGCUGGCUGAGCUCAGAGUGCUGACCGAGAAGGAGACGCUCAGAGUUUCUGAGCUGACGGGCAAGGUGCAGGCUGCAGAGGAGGAGCUCCACAGCUGCAGGGCUCUUCAGGAAAGCAGUAGCAAGAGCCUAGAGGACAAAAGCUUGAACCUCAAAACCCUGCUUGGGGAACUCGCAGCUCAGCUAGACAGUCGCUGUGAGAAAACCAAAGCUUUGUUAGAAGCUAAAACAAAUGAACUCCUCAGCGUCAGCGGUGACAAAACAGAUGCCAUUCUGUCUAGGCUUUCCCGCUGUCGGCAGCGCACCGCCACAGUUAGGGAGGCGCUGCUCAUGAAAACGCGCCACGUUUCUGACUUAGAAGCACAACUCAGAAAGCUCACAGAAGAGCAACACACACUAAAGAGCUCUGUUCAACAGGUCACCCAUCAGCUGGAAGAAAAAGAAAGUCAGAUUAAGGCCAUGAAGGCCGAUAUCGAGGGUCUCGUCACAGAAAAGGAAGCCUUACAGAAGGAAGGCGGCCAGCAGCAGCAGGCGGCCUCGGAGAAGGAGUCCUGCAUUACACAGCUGAAGAAAGAGUUAUCGGAGAACAUCAAUGCCCUUACACUACUGAGAGGGGAGCUCUCCGAGAAGACGGCAGAGACGGACAGCCUUCGCACACAGCUCAGUGACCUCAACGCUCAACUGGGGAACAGCGUCAGCCUAAGUGACAAAGCAGCGGCCAUUUCGUCCCUGAACAAGCAGCACGAGGACCGGCAGAUGGAGCUGCAAGCUCAGCUGCAAGAGCUGUCUUUGAAAGUCGAUACUCUGAGUAAGGAGAAAAUGUCUGCUCUUGAGCAGGCAGAUCAUUGGUCCAACAAGUUCUCAGAGUGGAAGAGAAAAGCCCAGCCCAAAUUCGCACAGUACCAGAGCACCAUUAAAGACCUGCACACACAGCUUGACGUAAAAGCCAAGGAAGCCGCUGAAAAGGACGAGCAGAUACAGCUGCUGAGGGAAGACCUUGGUCAGCAGAAUAAACGGUUCGAGUGUUUGAAGGGCGAGAUGGAGGACAGGAAGGGCGAGAUGGAGAAGAAAGAGUGUGACUUAGAGGCCGAGUUAAAGACGCAGACGGCAAGGGUUGCUGAGUUAGAGGACUGUAUCGUUCACAGGAGAGAAGAAAUUGAGUCCCUAAAUGAAACACUUAAGAGUUACAGCCAACAGAAGGACACUGAGCGGAAUGAACUGGUUCAGAAACUUCAGCACUUGGAAGAGCUGGCAGAGGAGAAAGACAACAAGGUUAGGGAGGCCGAGGAAAAGGUCCUGAGCCUAGAACAGCAAGUGUCCUCCCUGGAAGCCGAACUUGGAAACCUGAAGAAAGAACUAGAACAUGUGAAUUCGAGUGUGAAAAGCAGAGACGGGGAGUUAAAAGCUUUAGAAGAGAAGCUUGAGCUGGAAAGCACUUCGAAAGUGGAGCUGAAGAGGAAGGCGGAGCAGAAGAUCGCUGCCAUCAGGAAGCAGUUGCUGUCUCAGAUGGAAGAGAAGCGGCGGGAGGCCGAGAGCCAGCUGAGCGAGCUGAAUGCGAAACUGCAAGGCAGAGAAGAGCAAGUUCACACCCUGGAAGAACAACUUAAAAACCUACAAACUUCCCUCCAGUCGGAGAUGCCAGUUGUGUCCACGUCCAUACAAAACGCAGCAGCAUCUCCUGAACAAGGAGCAGCCGAUUCCCAAGGCUGUACGCGCAAGGCAUGUGAAGAGAGGAUCUGCACACUACAGAGAAGAUUAGUUGAAAGAGAAAGGCUGCUGCACAGUCUGGAGCAGAGGAUGGGUGAGUCAAAGUUAUCUCCGACCGAAGUGCAGCUCGCCACGAAGUUAGACGACAUCCAAGCCAAACCGCUCAAUGAUGAGAGUUUGAUAGGACGUCUUCAAGAAGAACUCACAGAAAAGAAGGCGAACUGUUCCUUCAUUGUGCCCCAGCCCAUGGGGGAAGAAGCCGGUAAAAAUAAUACAGGGAUGAAGCAAAACUUGGCCAGUGUGGUUGACAGUGUCCAGAAAACCCUCCAGGAAAGGGAGCUGGCCUGCCAGACCCUGGAGCGGAAGGUUAAAGAGCUGGAGUCUGACUUAGUAAGAGAGAGGGACUCACACAGACUGGAAAUGGAAAAGCUGACCCUGAAAUACGAGAAGUCGCAAGCCUCACAGCAAGAAAUGGGUGGGAAAAAUCAAUCUGUGGAAAUUUUGGAAGAUAGUUCUGAGGAAAAUUCCAAGUCACAGGUGAUCCAGCCGAAAUUGGGGAAUAACAUGGACACCCAGCAUCAUGAUAAUGACCUGGAGUUAAAGUUAGCAGGGGCGGAGCGGGAGAAGCAGAAGCUGAGCAGGGAGGUGGCAAGGCUGCAGAAAGAUCUUCGGGUGCUGAGAAAGGAACACCAGCAGGAGCUGGACAUCCUGAAGAAAGAGUGCGCGCUGGAAGCAGACAUGAAGCUCAAACAGGAGCAAGAGGACCUGGAGUUGAAGCACACGUCCAUCCUGAAGCAGCUGAUGAGGGAGUUUAACACCCAGCUGGCUCAGAAAGAGCAGGAACUAGAAAGGACCAUCCAGGAGACCAUCCAUAAGGCCCAGGAGGUGGAAGCUGAGCUUCUGGAGAGCCACCAAGAAGAGACGCAGCAGCUGCAUAGAAAGAUCGCGGAGAAAGACGAUGACCUGAACAGGACAGCCAGGAGAUAUGAGGAGAUCCUUGAUGCCCGUGAAGAGGAAAUGACUUCAAAAGUAAAUGGCCUGCAGACUCAGCUUGAGGAGCUACAGAAGAAGUAUGAGCACAGGCUAGACCAGGAGAAGAGCAUGCCGGACAAUGAAACAAUUAUGGAGCUACAGACACAGCUAGCCCAGAAGACCACUCUGAUCAGUGAUUCCAAGUUGAAGGAGCAGGAGUUGAGAGAGCAGGUCCAUAAUUUAGAAGACCGUUUGAAAAGAUAUGAAAAGACCGUGUGUGGGACAAGUGUGGGGACACCUUACAAAGGUGGCAAUUUGUACCACACCGAUGUCUCACUCUUUGGAGAACCUACUGAGUUUGAAUAUUUGCGAAAAGUUCUGUUUGAAUAUAUGAUGGGUCGUGAGACCAAGACCAUGGCUAAAGUUAUAACCACUGUCUUGAAAUUCCCUGAUGAUCAGGCUCAGAAAAUUUUGGAAAGAGAAGAUGCCCGGCUGAUGUCAUGGCUCCGGACUUCAUCUUGAAGAAAGGGAACGUUGAAGCUGGCAACCGCCGCUGUCCCUGCUUGCGGUUUUUGAAGGAAGGUGAUGUCUUUACGGGCCAUUUUGUCAUGAAGACAGGUACCCUGGCCCAGCCACAGAUGUCCUGCUUUUGAAGCAGAUGUUCUUGGUAGAGCAAUGGUGAUGGUUUUUCCUGGGAAGUCUCUGUGGGUUAGAGGCUCUUCUGACUGGCCUGGCCUGGCCACCCAGUGUCUCAGUUUUUGGUUUUUUCCCUCUUUCUAAAGAACUGCCUGUCUUCCUUAUUUAUUUUAGGGUGAUUUUUUUCUUCUUCUUAAAGACUUGUGCAAUAUAUUUUGAGGUGAAACCUAGUGAAAUUUUUUUCUGACAAAUUAGAGAAUUUAAUGGACUAUUUCCCAGAUUGAUUUUUUUGAAUAUUUGCUAAAGCCUAAUUCUUUAAGCUAUGAUAAGUCCCAAAUGGCAGCACCUCAUGUUUACCUAGCUUUUAUACUGAUAUUAUUUUUCAGAGGAAAAAAAUACUACUGUAAAUUGUAAAUAGUCAAUACAUAGCCCUAUUGUAUGCAGACCUGUGACUGUUGGCCAUGUCAUCUCAGAGGAUCAGAUAAAUAAAGUUUAUUUCCUAUAUAAUA